UGGGACCUGGUGUGUGACUCCCGGACAGUGAAGUCUGUGUCUCAGUCAAUAUUCCUUGCUGGGUUUCUGAUGGGAUAUCCCAUAUGGGGCUAUCUCUCAGACAGGUUUGGGAGAAAAGGAAUGCUGCUUCCAAGUUUCCUCAUGUUGGCUGUCUCCAGCACCGGCACUGCCUUUGUCCAGUCAUUUCCAGUUUACUGCUGUUUUCGCUUCCUGGUGGGGUCUUCAGUAACAGGAAUCUUACUUGGCAGUGGAAACCUCACCCAGGAAUGGACCACCAGCCAGCACCGGCCCCUGGUAGUAGUCUUUGUCACUCUGUGCUUUAGCUUGGGCCAUCUGUUUCUUGGGCUUGUGGCUUAUGGCAUCCAGGAGUGGCGCAAACUCCAGCUGGUAAUGUCUGCUCCCUUCUUUGCCUUCUUCCUGGCCUCUUGGUGGUUGCCAGAGUCUGCUAGAUGGCUGAUUGUCCAAAACAGAUAUGAUGAGGCCUUAAAGGUGCUCACAAAAGUUGCAAAGAUCAAUGGAGUAAAGGAGACCACCCUGACUAUAGAGGCUUUGAGAUCCACCAUGGAGAUGGAACUGGUUCCAGCACAGACCCGUUAUACCAUGUUGGAUUUGGUCUACUUUCCCAUCCUGCGUACAAGAAUGCUCUGUUUGUCCUUUGUAGGUUUCACAACAGGGAUGCUUUUCUACGGGCUUUCUCUGAAUCUUCAGGACCUGGGGCGCAACCUUCAAACACUCCAAAUUCUUUUUGGAGCUUCCACCUUCCUAAGCAGGUUUGGGGCCUUGUUCCUCAUGAACUACCUUGGCCGUCGAACAAUAACCGUAGCCUGCCUCCUCCUUGCUGGACUGUUCAUACCUGCCAGUGCAUUUCUGUCUCAAGAAAUUUUACGUGUGGUUUUGGCAAUGCUGGCAAUUAACUGUAUUGUGGUCUCCAUUUCCAGCAAUAGUGUCCAUUCCACUGAGCUCACACCCACAGUCGUCAGGAGCACGUGCAAGGGCCUCAAUCUCAUGGUAGAUCGGGUUGGGGCAAUUCUGGCCCCAUUGGUGAAUAUACUCAAACACUACAUUCCAGCACUGCCACUGAUCAUCUUUGCAGCCAUGGCCAUCACUGCCGGCCUUGUGGUCUUCUUCUUCCUCCCAGAAACCCAAAAUAAACCAAUGCCUGACACCAUCAAAGAUAUAGAAAAUGGACAUUCACGGGAAGGAGCAAGUCCUAGAGAUGAAGGUGAUGCUGCAGUGAAAAUAAGUCAGUUUUAA